GCCACACCGCGCCAUACACCAAACGGCAGAAAACGUACCGCGAAGUCUGUUCAAGAACGUUUUGGGGAAACGUACAAACCGUUCCGCAAUGUAGUUAACGUUCAAGUGAACUGAACGCACAUUGAGUCAUUGCAUGAUUUGAACUACAUUGCCCUUCUCCAGUUCAGGCUCUGCCUAAAAGAAAAUGCUGCAAAGUGUCGUAAAACAGUUUUCCAUGCAGCAGCUAGCGUACAAGGUGUAAAGGGAUGGUGCUCAUGAAGAUUUUCCUCAGACAACUUGCAAGGCUAAAGCAUGGAGGACAUGGAAGACGACUGUUUUGUUCUAAAUGACGACUACAACCAUAACUACUGUGCGAACAGUGCCAGUGGACAAGUCCUCUAUCUCAGGAACGAACUGUCAGAUGUACCCCAGCCCCUAUCUAUCUCGCCGGGUCUAGCCACGCGAGAUGUAGCUGCGCAGGAGAACCACUCAAAGGUUUGUUCCAGUUCCAGCAGCAGUUUAAAGUUCAUGGAUUCAGACUCGAGCAGCGUGAGCAGUGACACCAGCGAGACUGACAGCCCAUCGGCGGCGUCCAUCGCAGGGAAACUGACCCUGAACUCAGCCUCAAAGUUUCUAAUGAAUGCAAUGACCGAAGAGGACUAUAGAACCACAUACUGGCCGAACCUGGAGAAAGCCAUUGACCACCUGCUAAUACAAAACCCCAUGGACCACAUCUCCAUUUCAUAUGAGCAGAUUUACAGCUGUGUGUACAAGUGUGUUUGUCAACAGCACUCUGAGCUACUGUACAAAGACUUGAUGCUGAAGAUUACUACCCAUCUUCAGCAAGUCUCUUCUGAUCUUCAAAUUAGUCCACCACGGAAUUUAAUUGAGAAUUUCAACAUUGCUCUAACUCGGUACACAGAUGCUCUUCAAUGCAUAGUUCCCGUAUUCAUCUACAUGAAUAAGUUCUACAUUGAAACGAAGCUAAACCGAGACCUGCGAGAAGAUCUCAUGAAGCUUUUUACCGAUCAUGUUGCAGAAAAACAUGUAGACACAUUAAUACCUCUUCUCCUCGAAGCCCAUGCCAUGCCUUUUCAAGUCAGACCUUCAACAAUGGCCAGUGUGGUCAAAGGCUUGUAUACUCUUUGGCCCGAUUGGGCACAUUUAGCCCCAGCUGUCUUCUCUGGAUUCAUUCCUCAAAUCAACCCCCCAACAGUGGAAUCCCAGCUCUCUGACUAUGCUGCUCGUGACCAGAAACUACAAAUGGAGCUAUCUCUGAAUGGUUUUCCCAGAGGUGACCAGUCUCGCAAGAGAGCCAGCGAGGAGUCUGCAUAGAAUAAGGAUGAUGCAUCCAUUGCUUGCUAUUGACUUUAAAAAUAUGCUCUGACCGUCAGCGACCUGGCUCAACCCAAAUUGACAAAACACUGUGAAUGACGAAGAUUCUCUGAUGCUGAGUGGGUGAGCGUCAGCCAAGCUUCAUUUUUGACCCACGCCAGUUGUAGUGGACACUGUUUCUUUGCCUCCUCUGAAAAGCACAGUGAAUUAAUGAUGGUGCAUCAUUGUUCUUUCAGUUUUUGAUGAUAAAUUCAUCUUUAUUGUUAAGAUACUACGAGGUUUAAUGGGUUUGUUCUUAUUUUUCCAUUAAAGUGUGCCUUCUGCUCUGCUUUGUUGGGAUAUUCAAGUUGCCUAACAGAUGCCAUUUUAGGCACCCGAGUGGCGCAGCGGUAUAAAGCACUGCAUCUCAGUGCUAGUGGCGUCACUACAGACCUGGUUUGAUUCCAGGCUGUGUCACAACCGGCCGCGAUUGGGAGUCCCAUCCCAUAGGGCGGCGCACAAUUGGCCCAGCGUCGUCCGGGUUAGGGCUUGGCCGGGGUAGGCCGUCAUUGUAAAUAAGAAUAUUUUCUUAACUGACUUGCCAAGUUAAAUAAAUACAAUAAAAAAAGAGGUGGAUGGGCAUGAAUCCCAGUUUUACCACAUAUUGUAUACUGUGUCCAUCAUGGGUCGUGUUCAUUAGGGCAUGCGGCAAAAAAGAAAAAUGGACAGAUAUAUUUUACAAUGGAAAACAAAAAGGCUUGUUUCUGAUUGGACAAAUCUGAGUAGUCCCUCCCUCC